AGCCCGCGGGCUGCUCCCGGCCCUGCGCGCUGCUUCUCCGCCGCCGCACCGCGGGGUCCGGCCCGCCCGAGCGCCGGAGGGGCAGUGGUCCGGCCAUGGCAGGGCGCGGGCGGCGGCGCUGAGGCGGCUGAGGGCAGGGUGUCGGACCCCGAGCGGGCGCCAUGCGGUCCCUGAACAUCACCCCGGAGCAGUUCGCGCAGCUCCUGCGGGACAACAACGUGACGCGGGAGCAGUUCAUUGCUCUCUACGGGCUGCAGCCGCUGGUGUACAUCCCGGAGCUGCCGGGGCGCACCAAGGUAGCCUUCGUCUUCAUCUGCGUUCUCAUCUUCGCCCUGGCGCUCUUCGGCAACUGCCUGGUGCUCUACGUGGUGACCCGCAGCAAAGCCAUGAGGACCGUCACCAACAUCUUCAUCUGCUCCCUGGCGCUCAGCGACCUCUUCAUCGCCUUCUUCUGCGUGCCCUUUACCAUGCUGCAGAACAUCUCCUCCAACUGGCUCGGCGGUUAUGUUCCAAUCACCCAGUGUGCUUUCCUGCUUGUAUUCCUUCAAAGUUGCGGUGUGCGUGUGGGAAGCGGUUCGUUGUGUGGAGCUGGCCAGGGAGCCUUGCCGUACUACUUUCUCUUUGGUGCCUUUGCUUGCAAGAUGGUGCCGUUUGUUCAGUCCACUGCUAUUGUAACUGAGAUUCUUACAAUGACCUGCAUUGCUGUAGAAAGACACCAGGGAAUUGUGCAUCCCCUAAAAAUGAAGUGGCAGUACACCAAUAAAAGAGCUUUCACGAUGCUUGGCAUAGUCUGGUUGCUGGCUCUCAUUGUUGGGUCGCCCAUGUGGUACGUGCAAAGGCUUGAGGUUAAAUAUGACUUCCUGUAUGAAAAAGUGCAUGUUUCUUGCUUGGAAGAAUGGGCCAGUCCCAUUUAUCAGAAGAUCUAUACAACCUUUAUUCUUGUUAUACUCUUCCUUCUUCCACUGAUGCUGAUGCUUUUUUUGUACACUAAAAUUGGCUAUGAACUCUGGAUUAAGAAACGAGUGGGAGAUGCUUCAGUUCUUCAAACCAUUCAUGGGAGUGAAAUGUCUAAAAUAUCAAGGAAGAAGAAGCGAGCAAUUGUUAUGAUGGUGACAGUGGUGUUUCUCUUUGCAGUCUGUUGGGCCCCUUUCCAUGUGAUUCACAUGAUGAUGGAGUACAGUAAUUUUGAGGAGGAGUAUGAUGAUGUGACAAUCAAAAUGAUUUUUGCAAUUGUCCAGAUCAUAGGAUUCUUCAAUUCCAUUUGCAACCCUAUUGUGUAUGCUUUCAUGAAUGAGAACUUCAAGAAAAAUUUUCUGUCUGCCCUCUGCUUCUGCAUUGUGAAAGACAACACAUCCCCAAGCAGGCAGCUUGGGAACUCAGGAAUUACCAUGAGGAGGCAAAAGCCAGGUGCAUCUCAGAAAGAUCCCAUGGAUUCGGACGAAGGCAGGAGGGAGGCAUUCAGUGAUGGCAACAUCGAGGUAAACAAAACAACUGCUGUUUGCUCCAUUUAUUGUGUGUCUGGACUGUACACAGCUGAAUGCCAGAAGACAGGAAUUAUGGAGAGAAUGUGCACCUUUUUGGGACAAUUUGGAAGUCUGACAUGAGGAUGACAUUGUAAGAUCUACUUUCUGCAGCUUUGAGGACAGAGCAGCUUCAGAUCUGAGUUCAGGAAAGAUGGAGAUUGAGAUGCAAUUUUAUUUCAGAAAAAAAAAGGGAAUAUGAAAGAGUUAUCCAGAAUAUGACUCUGAAAAGAUUUAAACACCACAUGCAUGUUCAUAUUUCGUUAACAGAAAGCAUAUUAGUAAUUAGCAAUGCAUGCAUAAUUACUCUGCUAUUUUUUACAGAUUUAUUCUUGGGUACAAAUUUAGAUGCCAUUGUACUGUCCUGCAAACUGCAUUGUUCUUCUGAAAAAAUGAAGAAGCUGAUAAAGUGCUGUGCAAGAAAGUGCAGAUGCAGGAGGUGUGGUCUGUAAACACUGAAUUGAACUUCCGGUCAUGCUUGGACAUGUGACUCUCAGGUUGAAAGGGUGGUGUUUGCUGUCUGAGAACUGGGCCAGUGCUUUGUUAUUUUAGACUUCACUGUAAAUUGUGGGGUUGAUAUCCAUAGGAAUUCUAAAUGUUUUUGCUCUCAGUGGGCCAAACUGCAAAAUUGCAAAAGUAUGUUUGCAAGUGUGGGACUGGGGGAGAAGUGUGAUCUGAACUGGUACACUGGGAUCCCAUAAAUGAGGCCUUGAAAUACAGAAUUUGCCACUCCAGCUGAGGUUAGGUUGGAUCCUUUAACAGCCUGUAAAAUGUCAGUGCUCUCUUCUGUCACUCCUUGCCUCACCUAUGGGACCUUGAUGCUGCCUUGGCAGUCAAUUUAAGAUUCUUUUACAUUGCUACUUUACACUUCAUUGUAAAUGACAACUUAGGGUAAAAUAUCCUUGUAUAAUUUGGACGUAAUCUGAUUCUUCUCUAAUGUCUACAGAUUGCAAUGGGUUUGUGACACACUUUAUUUACAUGUGGUUUUUUUAUAUUCUAUAUGAUACACUCUUGGGCAGUGACAGAAAGCUCCUGACUUGUCCUGAGGGCAGGAAUCAAGAGCUUAUUAUCAUAGUUUUCCUCAGCAGAUGGAAAGUUUAACUGCCUGAUGGUGAGAACUAUGUGUUUGGAUAGAAUCUGUGACUGAAAACUAAUUUAUUUUAAGCUAUUGAUUCAUUUGCACUGCUAAUUUCAGUGACAGAUUUUAACAGACAUUUAACCAGAACUUCCAAGUAUCUUUGUCUUUGUUUUGUCUUCCCUGCUUCUGUUGUCUCAUAAAACGUUGUGUCAAUGAAUAACUGCUGUAGUAUU